CAAGAAACUUGACCAAUGGCCGCCAUGUCGAUGACGAUCUUCAUGUUAUCGUCGGCGCGCCUUUCAGCGUCACUUGGGCACAAACUUGGCCAUUGUCCACACAUACAUAACAAGACAUAGGGAAAAUGUCAGAAACAUUGGCAGCUCGCAUCAUGGAAGACAUAGAGUGCUAAUGGCCUAUGAGCACCCCUCUGUCUAUGUAGACACAUUGUCAUUUUUGGGAAUAAAAUGUACUAGUCCCUAAGUUUAGUGAAUAUUAGGAGGAUGGAGUUGGUGAGACUGAUAAGUGAUCGUUCCCACAACACUGGUUAGUUGUUGGAAUGCUUACUACGUGCAUAGCUGUUGUCUCCAUAUCCAUAUAGAAUUAGCCUCGAAGCUGAAUUGUGGAUGGUCACUCUAAGGGAGUGGACAACAUUUGAAUUUGCAGAGGGACAUCAUAUCUACCUAUGUAGGUAGUAGAUGAUACCUAAACAAAGCAGAAUCCCCUGGGCUCGUCACAUUUUAAAUUUGCUUAUUGCUUAUUGUUAUCUACCACUUUCUCCAUUGCUAUUCCUUAGUCACUACUACCCCUUCCGAGCUACAGUAGCGCCUUAUCGUGAUCAUCAUGUUCAGUUACGUGAGCAGUGGCAUCAUACUCCUCGUGCUCUUCUUAACAUGGACUGUCGUCAAGUCCAAGCUUAAGAAGCGCCGCAACAAUGCAAAGGCAGCUGCGUUGGGCUGCCAGCCACCUCCUGUGCUCCGCAGCACCAACUUCAUUGGUAACUCCAUUCUCCGGGAGUCCAUGAAGGCCACCAAGGAGGACCACGGUCCCCAAUACGUCAUGGAGAAGAUGGACGCCGUCUCGCCCAACUGUCAUACUAUCAAGGUGCCUAUCAUCGACUACGAGGUCUUAGUCACCCGCGACCCUGAGAAUGCCCGGACCCUCUUCACCAGCUCCGACUUUGACAUUAGCCACCACCGCCAGCUCAGCUGGAUGCCGCUGCUCGGCAAAGGCAUAUUCACCAGUCGCGGCGAUACAUGGAAGCACAGCCGCGCUCUCGUGCGGCCCCAGUUCGCCCGCGAGAUGAUCAGCGAUCCGCAGCUGGAGGAGGACCAUCUUCAGCACCUCUGGCGGCGACUCUCUGCCGAUGCUAGCACGGGCUGGACGGAUAAGACCGACCUGGCGCCGCUCUUCUUCAAGUUCACGCUAGAUACUGCGACCGAGUUCAUCUUCGGGCACUCGGCGAACUCUCUACUAUUGCCGGACAACAGCGACGGCGAAAAGGAGGACCUAAGCCGCCACUUCAACGCGGCCAAGGUCUGGAUCGAUAAGCGCGGCGCACUCGCGAAGUUCUACUGGUUGAUGAAUAGCAAGGAGUUCACGGAGCACUGCGCCGCCAUCCAUGCCUUUGCCGACGGCAUCGUAGCUGACCGACUGGCUGAACGCUCCUCCUCACGCCUGAAGAAGCAGCAGAGCGACCCAGAAAAGGGCGCGAGACGUUUUAACCUCCUCAACGAGCUAGCACACACGACACAGGACCCGCAGGAGCUGCGCAACGAGACGCUGCACGUGCUGAUCGCGGGACGGGACACGACAGGGUGCUUGCUUGGCUGGGUGUUGUACUUUUUGGCGCGACACCCAGCCGUAUACUCGCGGCUGCGGCGGUCCAUCCUAGACGAGUUUGGCGAGUCGCUGGCUGACUUCCGUGCCCUUAACCAUGUACCGUAUCUGCAGUGGGUAAUCAGCGAGACCCUGCGCGUCGCCACUGUCAUCCCCCUGAACGAGCGCAUCGCUCUCCGCGACACCGUGCUCCCCCGCGGCGGCGGCCCCGACGGCAAGGCCCGUGUCUUCGUGCCCGAGGGAACACAGGUUCUGGUGCCCCUGUAUGCCAUGCAGCACCGAGCUGACAUUUGGGGUGCCGAUGUCGAGGAGUUCCGCCCCGAGAGGUGGGAGACGCAUCGCCCCGGGUGGGAGUUCAUUCCAUUUGGCGCUGGCGCGAGGAAAUGUUUGGGUCAGCAAUUCGGGCGACAGGAAGUAAGCUACGUGGUCUCGCGGUUUUGCCAGAGAUAUGACCGCAUCGAGAACAUGGAGGAGGGAGAUGGAAAGAUAAGACUACACCACGCCAUCGAGAAUCGAUCUGGCACCGGUGUACAAGUACGGCUUCACGAGGCCAAAUCCAUCUCUCUAUCUUGAGGUGGAUCUUAUUCCUACGCGUACAUUACACGCAUUCAGCUGUAGAGCUAUAUAAUUUUAUAAUGUGUUUGAGAUAGAUGGACUAUAGGAACUCUAGGCUUCAAUAACAUGUGUAUAACUGUCCUAUUUUUGACCUACUUGUGAAGCCUGUUGUUUGGAUUUGAUAAGACCAGUGCCCAUUAGACA